AUGAGUCAACAUCCACACGGAAGAAAUAGUCUCUCCUCCUUUCAUCUUUCCAACCACAGUUCUCAAGCUUUCGUUCCUCCUUCCUCCUCCUCCUCCUCUUCCAACAUCAACAACACUAGUAUUCUCACUCGACCCAGUCUCUCCCAAUCCUCUCUCUUUUCCAUGUAUUUGAGUAGCGGAAGUGGUGUUAACUCCUUGUUAGGAGGAACAAGUGGUAGUAGUACUACAUCGACGAGCGCCGGCACCAGCACCAUAGCGGAUCAAAACAAGUACACUAUUGAUACUCUCCCUUCCACGACAACGUCCUCACUUUUGCCAUCAAAGGCCUCUCUCUUGUCGAAUAGUUCUUUAAACGUAUCUGGUAAACAAUUUUCAUCAUCAUCUCUCCUCAUGUCUUCUAAUCUAAGCAAAUCCAGAACUCCCCUCUCCACCAUUACAAAUACCGUCUCAUUGCCAAGUAGCGUUUCCUCUCUAUCUGCCAACAACAACAAUGGUUUUCUUUUUCCUUCAAACACUGAUCCUAUCAAAUCGAAUAAGCGAAAGAAAAUUGUAACAACCAGAGAGACCAAUAGUGUUGCAUCUAUUCUCAACAUGACUGGCAGCAAUGCAUCUGCUCUAGACAUUAGUUUAAAUACCUCUAGUACUAAUUUAAAUACAAAUUCAACCACUCUGAGUUGCAACAAACACUUACUGAACCAAUCUCUAAAUAGUUCUACAUCCUCUGCACAACACUUGAUUUCUCUUCCAAUCCAAGAAUAUCAACAACUGACAGAAAAGACUCAACAAUUAGAGGAACAAGUUCAAAAGCUUAAAAUCGACUUGGAUAACUCUAUGAUGGAUGUCAAUGAAUACAAGACUCUAUAUGAACAAAGUAAAAAGCUCAUUAAGGAAAAUGAAGCCAAAUGUGAAAGUUUGAAGAAUAGAAAUCAAUUCUUGGAGAAGCAAUUUAAAAAGAUGAUGAAUGAAUCAACUUCUUCGAACAGUACUGUCUCAUCAAACCCGUCCAACAACAACAACAACAUGAAUGUCACUUCUACCUCCCCUUCCUCUCCUCCUUCUUCAGUCCAAGUCACUAUUGAUGUCAAUUCACAAUUAGCUUUACAAAAUCUCUCAUAUCAAAACCACAUUGAAACAACUUCACAAAAAGUGAAUGCACUGUUGAAACAAACUAUUUCCACUCUGCAUGAUAUGGACCAAAAUAUUCAACAAAACAAUAGAGAUUAUAUUUCUCUCUUUGUCAAACAGUGCAUUUCGAACGUCAUUCACAAAGUUGAAGAAGAGAAAUUCGAACAAUUUGUGAAUCAUGUGAAUCCCAUGAUUGAAAUCGACAUUCCAAUGUACCAACAAACGAUUCAACACUAUAAGGAUCAAAUAGAUUCGAUAUCGACUCAAUACAAUCAAUUAGUAGAGUUUCAUCAAAUCGAAUUGGAUGUCCUCAAAUCUCAAAUUCAACAGCUUGAAUUGCAACAUUCGAGAGAAGUGAGCGAGUUGAAACAUAAACUAUCUGAGAAUGCAAGCACCAUCCAGAAUCAAUACCAGUCGCUCGAAGAACAGUAUCAAGCUGAUUGCAAGAAAUAUUUAUCCCAAAUUGAUAAUCUUCACAACAACAUUUCACAAUAUCAACAGUUAAUUCACCAGCAAGAUCAAAACAUGGCCAACAUGAGAUGUAAAUACGAACAAAUGCAAUUGGAAUCGAUAGAACAAUUGCGAAUGUUGAAACAAACAAGGCAAGAACAUGUUGAGCAAGUGAAGAAACUGAAACACACAGUUUUGAAUUUAGAAGAAGAGAUUCGAAAGAUGAAGAUUGCAUCAGAGAAAUUGCAAAUAGAAAAGUGGACUCUGUACAAUAUGAACAAGCAUUUAACAUUGAGAUUGGAUUUAUUUGUCACCCAGUUGAGCAUGAGCGAUUCCAAAGGUGAUCCACAAGAUGCUCAAUCUACUCAAGAUCUUGAAACUUACCUUGUAAAUCUAAAGCUGAAAUUGUCAGAGAGCCUCAAAUCAUACAGUGUGUUAAAGCAAGAAUAUGAAACACUAAUGCAAGAGUCCAAACAAACUCUUUUAAGAUAUGAUGAGCUUCUCUCGCAAUGUAAAACUGAAAGAACAUUCCUUCAAGAAUUUAUUCAGUACCACAUGUUGCCAUAUCUGGAGGUUAUUUGCCAAUGUGGUGAUUUUAAGAUGAGAGACGAUACGAAUAAUUCCUCAACAACAACAACAGACGCACAUUCAGAAGUUGUCAAUUCCACAACAAACCUUACUCCGCGACAUUAUCAAUCCAUUUUGCAAUACAUAAUUCAUCACAUUUACAAAGACGUAAUUGUUACUGAUCAUCACCACUAUCACAUGGAGGAAUAA